AUGAAAGCCCCUGUUACUUUCACCAUGGUGUCAUCGACGAAUUCAAGUUCCAGUAUUAAAUCAGCUGCUGCAAAUGCUGCUGCCAGAAAGCUGCUCUUGAAGCCAAAGAAAGCUCAAGAUGAAAUAUUCUUGAAACAGAUGAAGAUGAAACAGCUUGAAACUGAAGUAGCAAAGGGAGAACUACAGCUGCUACUGCUGAAGAGGAAGUGUAUCGACGUUUUGAAGAGGAAGAAACCUCAGUCACUCAUGAAGCCUCGCAGGAAACAAGACCAGCAGGAAAUAGAGACUCCACUUGCUCAAACACUGCUAAAUCAAAAUGCUGGAUCAUGGCCACAAGUUUAUCCACUCCACCCAACGUCAAAGCAGGUCGAGAUGGAAGCCCAAAUGCAGAAUAAUGUAACAGCCAACCAGCAGCUAAUUGAAAUCUUGCUGCUCCCGAAAGUGGAGCUAAGUAGCUUGUUGGUGACUUUAAAGUACUGGCAGUUUGUGAAGACCUUUCAGGAGUGUGCUGGAAUCACCUCAGGAAGUACUAGGGCUAAGCUGACAAGACUUCUGCAGAGUUGUACUGGUCGUGCUGCAAAGGCAGUGGCAUGCUGCAAUCGGAUGAACUCAGAAGAUGGGUAUAAAAAGGCUCUUGAUAUUCUCCAGCAACGUUUUGGAAAUGAGUUGUACAUAAAAGAAGCUUGGUUAAGAAAGGUAACUGAAGGGCCUUACCUGAAAGAUUCCGAUAAACUAAUGUCAUCAAAUAUAGCAGAUGAUCUUAGGAAUUGUGUAGAAACUUUUAAUGCCUUGGGACAUGAACCAGAAGUAGUCAGAUAA